AUGUGGAUGUUGACACUAGGUGGGGUUUUCCUGGCAGCUUCUCAGGCCUGUGUCUUCUGCCGUCUCCCAUCCCGACACUUAUCAGGCCGCCUGGCUCAACUCUGCAGCCAGAUGGGGGCCCCGUGGAAGGACUGUAAAGCCUCCUGGAACUUCUCAGCCUUUGCCUUAGAUGAAGUGUCCAUGAACAAAGUCACAGAGAAGACUCACAGAGUUCUGAGGGUCAUGGAGAUCAAAAAGUCUGUCUCCUCACUCCCUUCAUAUUGGCAAUGGCUUCAAAAGAUCAAGCUCCCUGAGUACACCAGGGAAGCUCUCUGCGCCCCCACCUGCCGGGGCAGCACCAUCCUGUACAACUGCUCCACCUGCGAGAGCUUUGAAGUGCACUGUUGGCCGCAAAAGCGCUGCUUCCCAGGUCCUUACUCCCCACCCUUGCCUGACCUCACCCAGAUCUCUGAGCUCUUAGGUGUCCCCCCCAACACCACCACCCCCAGCGUCGACAGGUGUCGUCCCGAGGAUCUUUCACUGCCUCCUGGGUUCCCUGCAGGAAGUCACGAUCUUCGGGAAGCUAGGAUUCUGCUCCUCUUUGUAUUUGGAACUGUCCUGCUCCUGGGUGUCCUGAGCCUCCUCGUGGACCUCCUUCCCUUCCCUUCCAAGACCCCCCCCCACCUCUGUCUUCCCUCAGGUCCCAUCUCCUCAAAUCAAAAAAUGACUUAUGAAGACGCUGACAGAUCCCAGCCCGCAGUUGUGAAGAGAAUACACCCACAACUUCCACUUCCCUUGGGUGGUUGGAACCAGCCAGCCCCAAAAGUUCAGUCUUCCAGACUCUGAAACCCAGAUGUCCCCAUGAUCCCAAUGUCAGAGGGCCUCCAGGGAACCAGGCACCCACAGCUGGAAAGUUCCUCCCCCCAGCCCUCAACCAAUCAGAUAGGGCAAUCACCAAUGCCAGGAAAAUAUCUACAGAAGGAAAGAAUCCCCUCCACAUGCACUACCACUCCCAUACUCCUUUCUGCCUGUUCCCAGAAAGCGGGGGUUGUCUGCCCCAGAAGCUACUCUUGGCCCUCCUAUGACUGAUUGGGAAUCCGGGAAUGAGUGUUCUGGAAAAUUCCCUCCUUCUUCCAGGGAGACCACAUCAGUCAGUCUGUUGGCAUGCUCUCCCUCCAUUUAACAUUGUGAAGCCUUGGCCUCCCACAGAGGCUUCCCUUCUGCCAGAUCCAACUAAACGUGCUGUGAAAUGGCUUCCACCCCUGCCUGGCCUCUAUCUGCAACUGGAGUGGGAGGACAUGAAACUCAGUGGAGCACAGUGGUUCUCACCUGGGAGUAUUUUGCACCCCAGGAGACAUUUGACAACAUCUGGAAACAUUUUUGAUGGUUUUGAUUGGCGAGGUGGGGGUGGGGUUAUGCUACUGGCAUCUAGUGGGUAGAGACCAAGGAUACUAUUCAACAUCCUAAAACGCAUAAAAGAGUCCUCCACAACAAGAAAUUAUCCAGCCCAAAAUGUCAAUAAUUUGUGGUUGAGAAAUCCUUAUGUUUGGUCCCCUGGCUAUCAGGGGUUUUGGUUUGGG